UUCCUCUUUCUCCCCUCUCGUCACACCUUAAUGUCACGCCCUUCCUCGUCGUCCUCCUCUUGGACGACGAGCGGGAUCCAUUGAACACCCCCUUCUUCCUUCCUUGCUUUUCACGUGAUUAGUCCUUAAUCACCAAACUAAUUAAAAUUAACUCUUCAUUAAUUGAAGAUCUGGUUAAUUAACCAAUUGGUUUCCUAUCAUGUCUCGUUUGCCCGCUCCUUUCCAGCUCUUGGAACUCAAUGUCAUAUCCGCCCAGGAUUUGUCUCCUGUGUCUCGGUCCAUGCGAACCUAUGCGGUUGCAUGGAUCCACCCUGAUCGGAAGCUAUCCACUCGGGUCGACACCCACGGCCACAAGAACCCGACUUGGAAUGACAAGUUUGUCUUCCGGGUCGAUGAGGACUUCUUAUAUGCCGACACCUCAGCCAUCAUGAUCGACAUCUACGCUCUCCAUUGGUUCAAAGACAUCCACGUUGGAUCCGUCCGGGUCCUCAUCGCUAACCUUAUUCCUUACCCCCGCAGAAACAAUCCCUCCUCAGGGAUGCGGUUCGGAGCGCUCCAAGUCCGAAGACCGUCGGGUCGCCCGCAGGGGAUUUUGAACAUUGGGGUGGCGGUGCUUGACAGCUCCAUGAGGAGCAUGCCUCUGUACACUCACAAUCCCUCAGCCGUUGGAUAUCGACAUUUGAUGGGCGAGAAAGAUGCUUAUGAGUAUCAUAAUCAUAUGAGCCCUCGACAUGUUUCCAAGCCGGAGCUCCGGCGAACCAAAAGCGACACCAGCUCCAUGAUCAGCGCUCGACAGCAACGGCUCAGGGGCACGAGGGGAAAACCAUCUUCGGCGUUGUCAUCUUCAGAGGCUAACUCUAAGAAGAGCAGCAGGAGAAAGAGCCGCUCACGCUCCAGGGCUAGCUCCAGAGUUAGCGGCUCCGAGGUGAGCGAAGGAGGGGGCAAAUUUGGAAAACCAACCUCUGUUCUCAGCGAGCCUGGGGCUGGGCGCCAAUGGAGGGCAAAAUUUGAAAGGCCAGAUUCUAUGCUUAGCGGCUCCGACCUGAGUGAGAAGCCGAUCAUGGUUAAAUCCACUAGUCCAAGUCGCAAUGUUAAGGAUUCUGAUGUCAUCGAUCACAAGAGCCACAAACUGCAAGCGCCCGAAUCACUGACCACCCAAUCAGAAACGACCGACGACACUCCUGACACGACCGAGAAGUUCAAUGCCUUCGAAAACCAAAGACUCUUUCAUAAAACCAACGAUGUGUAUGAAGUCAAGGCAUCACCGAAACAGCAGUUUCGGAAUUCUCCGGGUCCGAAGCUGCUCCAAACACCACCAGUCGGGUUCGGAGGUUCUCACAAGAAUACGCCAAUGCAUCCGACGGCGGGUUACGGAGGUUCGCGGAAGAAUACGCCAAUGCAUCCGACGGUGGGGUACGGAGGUUCUCACAAGAAUACGCCCUUGCAUCAAGCGGUAGGUUACGGAGGAUCCCGUAAGGCCACGCCAAAGGGUACUCCAUUGCAUUCAAUCGGGAAGUUCAAUCCCGCUUUGGAAUACGCAACCCCGCGAAGAUCCAAUUUGGGAGGCAUAGCUCCUCCGGUAAUAACAGAAUCGGAGCUUGGACCAUCACCGUCGGAGGUGGCAGCGGCUUUGGCAAAAAAUCCGAAGAUAGACGAGGGUGAGAAUUCCACAGUGGGUGGAUGGAGCCUGGACGAGAGCGUGGAGGGAUUACAAUCAAAGCUGGAGAGGUGGAGGACGGAGCUUCCACCUGUGUACGAUCGCGGUGAGCUCUCCAGCUACCCGGCCUCGACCAAGAGCAAAAAAUCCAUGCAUAACAGAAGGCACACGGACGGAGGGAAUGGCUUGUUCUCGUGCUUCAGCAACCUUUGUGGCUGUGAAUGCAGUAUCGUUUGCGGCGGUGACAAUUCCAAGAAGAAAGCAGCCGGACGCAGACGGACGCCGUCGGCAGAUGAUGCAAGUUUCCUCUGAUGUGAUCGACCCGACCCAUUAUGAGAACGAUGAUUGUAAUCGAGACGGACGUGAAGAUGGGAUCGUGACGGUUAUGGAGGUGCUGAAUGGCGCUGGGUGCGCAUUUUUGUUACGACGGAAGAAUUUCAUGCAAAAAUGCUUUUGAUGCUAAGGACCAGGAGAGGGGUUGACACUUGUGGGUAAGAGCUUGUGCCUGGUUCUAGUUCUUUGCUUUUGGUAAUUCUUUUCCUUUUUUCCUUUUUAAUGGAAUAUGUUGUUUCUUCUUGCUUUUAUAAAUUGGAAAAAGCAGGAGAGAAAGGGGAAAUUAACAAGAUAUAGACCACAAUUAUAUAUGGGAUUGAUCUACUGUUAAGUAUAUUUAUUCAAUUAUUAUCAUAUUUAUGAUGUAUAUUAGUAUUGAUAGUUGACUGAGGAUCACAUCAGAGGCUUUUUUGGUCGCAGUUUUGAAA